AGCCCUGUUGGUGGCAAUAGGAAACGUGAAACCACAGAUGAAGAAAACUGAUUGCUACAGUGUAGCAGACUGGACUGUAGACAGAUGAUCUCAGACUAGCGUCGGUGUUUAUGUGAAUAAAACAGAGUGAGUCACUUCAGUGCUGCACUGCUAGCCAGCGACAGAAGCAGACAGAAAGAAGACAGCACCCAAGGCUAUGUAUUGCUGUCCAUAGCUAAAUUCUUCCUAUCUAGAACGAGUACACGUUUGCGGAAAAAGUAGACCUCCACCCCUUCCCAUCCCUCCUGGUGACCCCUGUGAUGUCGUCCCCGUGCUGUGGCUUCCUGGCGCAGUACACCCACCAUCACCUGGUCGCCUUCCUCCUCACCUUCUUUAGCUAUGUCCUCCUGCACGCCUCGAGGAAGACCUUCAGUAAUGUGAAAGUGAGCAUCUCAGCCCAGUGGACUCCCUCUGUGCAGAAUGCCAGCUCUCCUGCCUUCUCACCCGGGGAGACAUGGGAGCAGAAUAACCUGUUUGCCGACUCCGAUGGAGCCACUCUGUUUCUGGGUGUCCUCGACACCAUCUUCCUGUUUUCCUAUGCCGUGGGCUUAUAUAUGAGUGGAGUGAUUGGAGAUCGCAUGAACCUCCGAUAUGUCCUCUGCUUUGGUCUGUGUGGUUCAGCCAUAGUGGAGUUUGUGUUUGGUACCCUGACUGAGUGGCUGCAGUUCUAUAACAUCUACCUGUACUGUGGUCUUUGGGUGCUGAACGGCCUACUGCAGUCUGCUGUCUGGCCCUGUGUGGUGGCAGUCAUGGGGAACUGGUUCGGCAAGUCGGGGCGAGGUUUUGUGUUUGGCCUGUGGAGUGCCUGUGCGUCUGUUGGGAACAUCCUGGGCGCUUUCCUGGCAUCCAGUGUUCUCAAGUACGGUUAUGAGUAUGCCUUCCUGGUCACUUCAGUGCUGCAGUUUGCUGGUGGGGUGGUGGUGUUCUUUGGUCUGCUCACCUCCCCUAAAGAAGUGGGUUUGUGUUUGGAGUCAGAAACAGGUCUGAGACCAGUGGAAAGAGACGCAGACAGCCACAGGCCUCUGAUGAGUGAUGAAGAGGAUGAGGAGGGAUCGGAGGAGGUGUGUGACGGAGGGUACUACACCAUCCAGCAGGGGGAUGAGGAGCCGCGGGAAACACCCAAAGCCAUCGGAUUCUGCCAGGCCUUCUGCCUUCCCGGAGUGCUGCCUUAUUCCCUGGCGUACGCCUGUCUGAAGCUGGUCAACUACUCCUUCUUCUUCUGGUUGCCCUUCUACCUGAGCAGGAACUUUGGCUGGAAGGAGGCCCAGGCCGACAGGCUCUCUGUGUGGUACGACGUGGGAGGCAUCAUAGGUGGUACGAUCCAGGGCCUGAUCUCAGACUUCAUGGGGAAGAGAGCUCCAGUGUUAGCCGUCAGUCUGCUGCUGGCUAUGGGAGCCCUGGUGGGUUACAGUCACUCCCCUCCGGACCAGGUGGUGAAUGCAGCUCUCCUGGCCACCACAGGUUUCUUCAUAGGAGGACCGUCCAACAUGAUCAGCUCAGCCAUCUCUGCAGACCUGGGGCGACAGGAGGCCCUCAGGGGCAGUCAGGAGGCUCUGGCUACCGUCACCGGCAUAGUGGACGGGACCGGGAGUAUUGGAGCUGCAGUGGGACAGUAUUUGGUAUCAGUGAUCGAGAGCAAGCUGGGCUGGAUGUUUGUCUUCUACUUCUUCAUCGUCAUGACCGGCUGCAGCAUAGUCUUCAUCUUGCCGCUGAUUGUGACUGAGAUUCGGGCCAUGUGGAGGGAGAGACGGGCACGGACAAACGAGCUGUGAAGCCUUCCUCACGGGGGGCCAUGUUGUUUCCUACUCCUUCCCUAUGGGGCCUACUGCCUGUCAGUCAGACUAUGUCCACUGAUCACUACUGUAGACGUAUGUACAACAUGUCUAUGAAUGUGUCCAGUCUAUGUAUAUAUUUGGUCAGAAACACGUUUUUUUUUUUUUAAAGAUAUUACUUCAGCGCCUUUUACGAGUGGGGGCAGGGCCCUCUCAAUGUUUGUAGUCAAAGAUAGGAAGUUCCAAGCAGCUAACGAUUAUUCCAAUUCCUUUACCAGUUUACUGGAGUGUAUAAUGAUUACUUGUAUAGAAUGAUUGAAUCUGCUCAUUUGCUUAGUAGAGAUCAGAUUUCAAAGACACACAAAACUCUCCAUCACUCACUCAUAGAAUCUCACACACGUCCGCUCGGUGGAUUUUUAGUCAUUGCCUGUAGCACACACUGUAGUCAGUGACCACGUUUACAUGUGCAAGGUAUUGUGGACAGUAGCUGGUAUCCCGCAGAAGGGCUUAUUCGGGUUAAGCUGUUUACAUGCACUUUUGAUAUCCCGCUCACAAGUAUCCCUGUACCGAUGAAUAAACGGAUUAUUCCUCAUUUGAAAUUGAUUUUGGUUAAAUAUUAACUGAAAUUUGGCCUAUAACCUUUCACAUACAGCGUAAUAUAAUAUUAACUCUUGCAGAAUUAUGCAUUUCUUGUAGUGAAAUUACACAACAAAUGUUAAUUUUGUCUAGGAAACAGGAGUGGAGAAAUACGAAUUCUUUCAGCAUCUCUUGAGGAAAUGCAAGUGCGUGUGUUUUCGUUGACACUGUUAUGCAAGCAGACAGUAUUUCAACCACUUAAAAUAUGCACCCAAGACAGACUAAAGUCUUAUCAUAAACCAAUUUCAUCGUUUUCUCAGCUUUUAAUUUCACUAAAACCAGUCAACCUGAUGACAUUUGGGCAUUUUGCAAAGACCAAAUAUUUUCACAGUUCUCCCCGGGUCCCUAAACGAAACAGACAACUUUACCGGUUUUAACUAGAUUACUAAUGCACUCAUUCUGUCAAUGUAAGGGCCAUGAUUCUGUUGAGCACUACUUUAUUUCGUCUUCUGGGGCAACAAGUUAUGACCGAAGAGAAGCUGCAUGUAUCUAACUAUAGUUGACAAACAAAUGUCCUUCCAAAUGUCGGAAAUUGUAAACAGAAAGUUGUCUAAAUUACGCUACACGGUCCAGGAUGGAGUAUCGGCAAAAAUAAAUUAUCAUGGUGGAUGGAACUGAGCAGUUUGCCUACUUUUGGAAGUGAUUUGUUUAACAUUCAGAUGAAAACAUCACACAACACCCAUUAUACCUGAAACUGAGCCCACACAGACUGCGAAAAACAACAGUAAACGGGAUAAGAUGUUUGCAUGCCACAGUAUCCCAUCUAAGCAGCAAAUCCAAGGCAUUUUAUCCGGGUUUCUCAUAACCGGGAUACAAACUUUUUCGGGUUAUUGUAAAAGAGAUAUGAUGUUUACGUGUGUCAACUCAAGAGAGUACUUGGGUACCCCGAAUAAUAACGGAAUAUUGGUGUGCAUGUAAACGUGGUCAGACUAAACGGUACGUUUGCCAAACAAGUUUUUAAGCGGCUUUUAUAAGUCUUAACGGUCAGUUAACAAACAUGAACUGCACGCCUCUGAAAUAUUUUCCUUAUCAAAAUUAUUUAAAGGUAUACUGAUUUGAUUUACUGUAUGUACAUAAAUUAAAACGGUACAAGUAGUUCUUCUGGUUCGAUUGGUAUCAGUUGCUAAAUUACUGUAGUGGUUUUAACCAAGGCCACAAGUGCAUUUCAGCUGGUCCAGGGCCUGCUAAACUUGAUGACAUGGAAUGUGUAUUUAAUUUUAUCAUUGUCGAAUGUAUGUUCUUAAUCUGUGGUAAAUGUUCAUUUUUCCCCGUAUGUGCACUUUAAAUUCAUGUUUUAACGAGCCUACGUUUUAUUUAUUUUUCAAGAAAAGCAAAUGGUCUUUUUCAAAACUGUUGACUCCUAUCUUUUAUUCUUCCCAAGGGAAUUUACGAUAUAUUUUGGGAAACCACCUCAAUGAAUUUGAACUUAAAUGACCUAAACUGUAUUCACACAACUUACUUUUUUGUAUAAAUCUCAUAAAGCAAUGAAACCAGCA